UGGGGAGAGGGGCCCCGGAGUGCUCAGCCCUCGGCCCGCCGCCCCGCCCCCAUCGUUUCAUUUGGUGUUGUAAAGAAAGGAUUCCUGCGGUGAUCCCGGAGCCGCUGGGCUUCUGGAGGGUGCCGGACCUGGCCUGCCAAGUAAAAUCCAGCCGCAGAAAGAGAAGGGUUAACCACUGACUUUCCACAGAUUUUUAAUUCAUGUGUGGACACAAAAGAUGGAGUUGGUUUUUAUUUUUAAGAAGAUACUCUUGGUGCUCUGUUGCUAUUGAAAAGAUUGUCUUGUGAAGAUGUACGGAGUUCUCUUUCAGCUGGACUAGCAGUCAUUUUGAAACAUUGCUGCAGCCAUAGUCUCUGAAAAUUCAAGUAUCAAAGGAUAUUAGAUUUAAGAUGGUAUAAUCAGAUCUUGUCUGAGAACUGCAGAUUUGGUGAGACCUCAGUUGCGGUCCAGUUGUAUUUUCCAGCCAGAGUGAUUCACUACCAUUCAGUCCUUUGCUAAACCUUAACUAGAAGACUUCAUAGACGGUGCCGAAAGAUGGGAGAAAAAAACGGUGAUGCAAAAGCUUUCUGGAUGGAGCUGAAAGAUUGUGGAAAAGUGGACUUUACAUUUGAACAAGUACAAAAUGUGCUGCAGUCACUGAAACAAAAGAUCAAAGAUGGGUCUGCCACAAAUAAAGAAUACAUCCAAGCGAUGGUCCUAGUGAAUGAAGCAACUCUGAGUAACAAUUUGGCAUUGAUAAAAGGUCAUACACCUGUGAUUCAUGAUGAAAAGAGAAACGAACAGCAAACCUUUCCUUCUUCAUCCUAUGAAAACUCCUUUCCAGAAGACUGCACACUUCUAUCUACAGAGAACAAAGAAAUUCUUCCUCUGGAAAAUAACAUUGUGAACUUGAAUACAAGAACACCGUCUUUGAAUUUGCCUUACCAAAGUCAUCAUUGCUCUGGUGCCUGUCUGAUGAAACUGUCAACCUUCAAGGGGGAAAACCCUCUGCAGCUCCCAAUCAAAUGUCACUUCCAAAGGUUCCAUGCGAAGACAAACUCGCGUUCAGCAGUACUCCACGUGAGUUACAAAGCUCCUUGUGGAAGGAGUCUGCGAAACAUGGAGGAAGUUUAUCGUUACCUGCUUGAGACAGAGUGUAACUUUUUAUUUCCAGAUAACUUUUCUUUCAAUACCUAUGUUCAGUUGACUCGGAAUUACCCAAAGCAAGAAGAAAUUGUGUCUGAUGUGGAUAUUAGCAAUGGAGUGGAGUCAGUACCCAUUUCUUUCUGUAACGAAAUUGACAGUAGAAAGCUUCCACAGUUUAAGUACAGAAAGACUAUGUGGCCACGAACUUAUUAUCUGAACAGCUUUUCCAACAUGUUUACUGAUGCAUGUGACUGUUCUGAGGGCUGCAUAGACAUAACAAAAUGUGCUUGUCUUCAGCUGACAGCAAGAAAUGCUGAAAUUUGUCAUUUGUCAACUAAUCAAAUAGUGACUGGAUAUAAAUAUAAAAGACUACAGAGACAAGUACCUACUGGCAUUUAUGAAUGCAGCCUGUUGUGUAAGUGUAAUCGACAGAUGUGUCAAAACCGAGUUGUCCAGCAUGGUCCUCAACUACGACUGCAGGUUUACAAAACAGAGAAGAAAGGAUGGGGUGUCCGCUGCUUAGAUGACAUUGACAGAGGAACAUUUGUUUGCAUUUACUCAGGAAGAUUGCUAAUCAGAGCUAACCCUGAGAAACCUAAUGCUGAUAAUGAAAAUGAGAAAGAAGAGACUGUUAUGAAAAGUAUAUUGUCAAAAAAGAGAAAAAUAGAAGUUUCCUGUUCAGAUGGUGAGGUUGAAGUUAUUCCAGCAGAAUUGGAAGCACAUCAUAGAAGGGAGAAUUGCUCACCUAAACUCAGUAAGAGUCUCAACGAGUCUGUUCCGGAAAUGAAGUGUAACAGCAUUUCAAGAAUCAAGUGCCAUUCAGUUAUCAAAACUUCUAAAUCUAAGAUAGCCAUUUUUGAACAUGAUGAGAAAAAGAUGGGAUUUAUUUCCUUGGAAUCUGACACCUCAGAAGGCGAUGGUGAUUUUAAACCAAAAGAAGAACAUCUCCACUCAAGAGCCAGAAGAAUGCCAAAGGAGUCAAGUUCAAGCCAUAUUGAAGAUUCUGAAGACAAACGACUAAUUGAGUUAGAUGUGAUAGAUAUAACUAAAUGUAGAGAAGAAACUCCACCACAGGACAAAUGUAUCCAUCCAACCACUCUGAAUAACCGAAAUAUUAAAAAAGCUCAAAUACAGAAGCAUCAAAUGAAAAAUUGUACAGCAUGUCAAAAUCAGCAGGUCUUUUGUGAUGAUGAGUUGUCAAGUGAAACCACGAAUACUUCGUCUGAUUCUCCAGCAAAGUCCAAAUCAGAGCAUAUGUUUCUAUUGGAUGCCACAAAGGAAGGAAACGUGGGCCGCUUCCUUAAUCAUAGUUGCUGCCCAAAUCUUUGGGUACAGAAUGUUUUUGUGGAAACACAUGACAGGAAUUUUCCAUUGGUAGCAUUCUUCACCAACAGGUAUGUGAAAGCAAGAACAGAACUAACCUGGGAUUAUGGUUAUGAAGCUGGAACUGUGCCUGAGAAGGAGAUCAUGUGCCAAUGUGGAGUUAACAAGUGUAGAAAAAAAAUAUUGUAAAGGUGUAGCUAAUAUUAUUCCUGAAAUUACCUAGUUGGGCUAACUGAAGCCAACCAAAAGAACUCUUAGUACCAGUGGGAUUAAUUUAAAUGGAAGUCCACCAACAUAUAUCCUCUCUGAUAACUCUAUUCAAAGGAUUCAUGUUGUAUUUCUAAUUUGAUUUGUAUGACUUAGAACUGCCAGGAUCAAAAUAAGGACCUUUUAAUAUGCAUAGGGUAUUUCUUGUUAUUUCUGCUGUUGAAAUUUAUAUGAGUAAAAUGCGAGUGUAUAUUUUAUAUGAUACUGCUGUAUGUUUAAUUUAUUUAUAAAUUAUGUAUUAAGAAAAGCAAAAGGCACAAUAGAAUGCAGCUAUUUCUCAUUGCUUUUGUGUUUCUUAUCUCUUAGUUCUUGCCCCAAAGAGUCAAAUUUUUAACAUCUUCACUUACAAAUGUGAUGUUAAAGUUUUGACACACCCAUUAUCAUUAUCAGCUACAAAGUAGGCAAUAGAGCCUGAGUAAUGCGUAGGAACUCAUUUUACCCGUAUAUUCCCAAGUAAUUUAACAUGUGUUGGGGAAGCUACUGCUGGCUCCACUAAACACUGUUCAGUCUACUGUUAGAAGGUAAGGCUCAGCAAAGUCAUUUGAAAUGCAUUUUCUCUUCUACAAUAUCCAGUCUCUGCUCCUUCCAUACAAAUAUCAGAAGAGGGACUAGAAACCUAGAGAAACUAGAAUAUUUUGUUCUCGGUAUAAGAAAAGGCAACUCAGAAGCUAGUAAGACUUGGCUUCUUUAGGCCAGAAGGAAUUGUGUUGGGCAAAAUGUCACUACAGAAGUGGAAAAUCACGUGACAAAUACAAGUGUCCAAGUUUGAAAAAAGACUCUUAAUAUUUCUUGAGCAUGAUUUGCAAAUAGUUUUUCUAGAGAAACAGGGAGUCAUCACUUUGCCAUAGGUUACCUAGUACCAUAACCCACGGCAUGAACAGGGUUAGAGAGGGAGGCGACAUGCAAAUGAGAAAAUAAGAAGUGAGACAGACACAAGACAAAGAGUAUAACAGUGAGGCAGCCAGAGGGAAACUCCUUUCUCUGAGGAAGGAGGUCUACUCAGAAGGUUUGGCUGCUUCAACCAUUGACUGAACUGCAAGGGGAAUCAAAUUACAGGAAUUGAAGGAGCACAAACUCUGAUAGCUGCAUCCCUUACUGAUGUUAAUCCUCCAGUACUUGUUGGUUAGGAAGCAUCAGUAUGACCCAGUUGGCACGCGUGAGUGUCUCAUGGAUGUGUUGGAGCACACAGUUCUUUGGUCUUGGGCCAUUGCCCAACUGCAGACCCUCAGUUGACCUUGGUCUUGACCUUUUGCCCACUGGAAAUCUGCUUCCUGCAAAGUUUGACCUGGGUCUACUGCACCAGCAGUCUGUGACUUCAAGAUUCCAAACAGUUUACCCUGUUCUUCCUUAGCAAGUCACAUUUAAUGUUUGCUAAUUGAUUGCAGCCGUGCAACCCUGAUCAGCUAGUGGAAAAGGGGAUUGAGAAGCUCUAGAAGUCAAAGUCUGCCCUUACAAGUACUGAACAUUUAACUGCAAAUAAAUCCCCCCUCAGAAUGAUUGGAAUAAUAGCUUGAAUGAAGUUAUCAAAAGUAAUUCUGGUUUUUGUACAGUUACAUGUUUUUAUAUUUAGACUUGAUUUAGUUUCAGGUUAGUUACCUUUGAAACAAAAAUCUAUUCCAAAUUUGGACACAGUUUUUUUAAAAAUAGUGAAGUAGGUGAAAACCUGAAGUUGUUUCAGAGAACAAAAACAAAACUGUAGCUCUACAAACAACGUGUAGACAGAUGAUGAUGCUUGAAAAGUCCAUCUACACCUGCAACGAUGAAGGACCAUUAGGCAGUGUGCUGCAGUAAAAUGAAGAAACUUGAUUUGUGCAGCAUUUUGUGCUGUAACAGCCAGCAUCUCCUUGCGAUCUGCCUUCAGAGUCUCUAACAUCCGGAAGCAGGAGGCAUUCUAUCAGUUUCAUCCUCUUAGAUAUUUCCCU